AUGGAGAUUAGAUCGAGACCCCAACCGCUGCGGCUCUAUCUCAGGACCUACGACAUUGUUGUUGAUGCUGCAUGUGCAUAUGAUUAUGCCGCAUUCAAGAUGUGUUACCGCAAGUCCAUCCUCAACUUCCCCAACGAGAUAGGGUUCUCAUCAAGAUACGAUCUAGCCACCCUGCCAGUCUCAGUAGCGAUGAUGAUGACGGUGGUGAAAAGGAAGAUGGAAGCGGCGCUGGUGAUGGAUGAGGAAGCGUCAAGGAGGGUAAUGAUGAAGAAGGGCUUGUUGAAACUAAUAGAUAGAGGAAAGAAAUAG